AUGGUGCGAGCGUAUCCUGUGCGCCCUGUCGUCUGCCGGCGAGCGUACCCGGGUGCAGGCCUGCGCUCUCCUGCGAGCCUGAGUAAAAGUUCCUCGUUCCCAGCUGCGUGCCUGUGUGGUGAUUUCGAACUGACCGAGUGCCGAGGGCUGCCGGGCGCCCCAGCGCCUCCCCGGGCAGCGCCCCGCGGUUGCGGCUUGCGCCGGUGCCGUGCGGCCGCCGCGCAGCCAUUGGCUGUCGGGCCCGGGGCCGCUCCGUGCCGCCCCUCGCCAUUGGCCGCGGCUGCCGCCGUCAGCGCGGCGGCCAUUGGCGGCGGCGGCGGCAUGGCGGGCACGGGCGGCUCCUGGCGGCCGCCCCGUUCGUGCGAGGAUUACUGGGGGGAGUGGAAGCAUUGCCGCGGGCUGCGCCACGCUUUCCACCACUACUACGCGCACGGGGAGCUGCCGGAGUGCGGCCGUUGGCGGGAGGACUACGAGGCCUGCCGCGCCUGGGAGAGGGACCGCGCCGCCGCCGCGCAGGAAGCUUUGUGCAAGAGUGAAAGAGCUCGAGUUAUGGAAAAACAGAAAUAUGCCCCAGUGUGGAAGCUCAGGAAGAGCCCACCAGCUGACUGGUACCUACCUCUUGACCACGACAAAUCAAAUUAACAGGACUGUUUUCUGUGUUUGGCACCUUUCAAAUUAAUGCAUACAUGCUCUAGCUCUGAGGGCCUCUUGCCCCACCAGCUGCCAUUGAGCACUUCUGGAACAUGGUACUCACCCCAGGCCUGCCAAAUGGGGAAAAAACACCAAGCUGGGACUCUUCCUUGCUGGCUCAGGACAAUCCCAAAUGCUGGGCUUUUAAAGACAUUUCCUAGAAGCAGGGUUGUGGUGGUUGAAGAGCUUCUCGCCUGUGGGCUGCACACCCUGUGUGGAACUCCUCUCCAGUGGUGGUGUGUGUUGUGGCAGUGUUCAGAAUUACUCAAAAAUAAAGGUUUAAACAAAUGUA